CUCCAGGUGCAGCGGUAGGGACGGCAGGGUCCAAGCCCGGGGUCCCGGGACUGGGCUAGGGCACCAUGGCAGAGUCCCAGCUGAGCUGCUUAGACGAGGCGCACGUGAAUGAGAGGGUGACCGAGGCGCAGGCCGCCUUCUACUACUGUGAGCGGCGGCGGGCCGCGCUGGAAACGCUGCUGGGUGGAGGCGAGCAGGCCUACCACGAGCGGGUCAAGAAGGAGCGACUGCGGGACUUCCUCUCCAGCCAGGAGCGUCAGGCCCUGCGCGCUGCCUGGAGCCCCUAUGAGGAGGCCGUCUCCAAUGCUGGUGGCAAGGCCAAGGCCAAGGCCCCAGCCGAGCCCGGUGAGUCCCUGGCCUACUGGCCAGAACGUUCAGACACAGAAGUGCCCCCGCUGGACCUGGGGUGGACCGAGUCUGGCUUCUACCGCGGUGUAAGCCGUGUCACACUCUUCACCCACCCGCCCAAAGAAGAGAAGGCACCGCACCUGAAACAGGUGGUCAGGCAGAUGAUCCAGCAAGCCCAGAAGGUCAUUGCUGUCGUCAUGGAUCUUUUCACUGAUGGGGAUAUAUUCCAAGAUAUUGUAGAUGCUGCCUCUAAGCGACGGGUCCCUGUAUACAUCAUCCUGGAUGAGGCAGGAGUGAAGUACUUUUUGGAGAUGUGCCAGGGUCUGGAGCUUGCUGAUUUCCGCAUUCGGAACAUCCGUGUCCGUUCUGUGACAGGGGUUGGCUUCUACAUGCCCAUGGGGAAGAUCAAGGGGACUCUCUCAUCGAAGUUCCUGAUGGUAGAUGGGGACAAAGUAGCCACUGGAUCUUACAGCUUUACCUGGAGCUCCUCCUAUGUGGACAGGAACCUUCUUUUGCUCCUGACAGGGCAGAACACAGAGCCCUUUGAUGUAGAGUUCCGGGAGCUGUAUGCCAUCUCUGAGGAGGUGAACUUGCACCAGCACCUGGGUCUGGCAGGCAGGCUUGGCCUCAACUACUCUUCCACUGUAGCUCGAAAACUUAUCAACCCCAAGUAUGCCUUAGUGGCAAACAGCCACCCUCCUCCAGGAGAGAUGAUGCGCUGGGCGGCCCGGCAGCGGCAGGAAGCUGGUGGCAAUGCAGAGGGACAGGAGGACAGUGGAGGUGGUGAGUCUGCCCGGCGUCUGGAGAGCUUUCUGAAUGAUCUGGUUACAAUAGAACAGGUAUUACCCACAGUGGAGCCCAUUCCCUCAAGAUUGCUGAGACCAAAGGAUGGCAGGACGGUCUCUCAGGUGCAUGUAGACCUGAGGCACAAAUCCCGAGAGGCACUCCCCCAGAAUGGCAAAGGAGAAUCUGCCAAUGGAGAGGCCACCCCAGCCAAGGAGAGCAGACGCUUGAGCAACAGGAUCUUCAGCCGAAGAGUAAAAAGGUCUGCGGUAUUGAACAACAUGACCCCCUCCACUGAGACUCUUGCGGAUGUGGAGUAUCCUCUGGGGAAGAGGCCCAACGAGGGUUCCAAUGCCAACAUAUCAGGUAAAGGGAGUCCCAGGAUCACCAAGCCCAGCAACUGUGUCAUCUCUUGAGCUUCAGGGUAAUGGUGGGCAGGACCUGCAGAUGCCCACUCAUCCUAUCCUGUGCUGCAGAGAGCAUGGCCUAUAUCUUUCACUGGUUUACACGUCAGACCCAAACCAGGCCUCCUACCCUGCAGCCUCCAUCCUGGUCUUAAGGCCUGAAUCCUAGAUGGCAGGAUCUGAAGCAUCUCAACCAUCACUGCCUCCAGCAGACUGCCAUGACUGAACAUGGAAUACUACUUUGUUGCAUGAAGUAGAAGCCUGUCUGGUGUCUGGUAUCCUCUAUGCCAACCUCUCCUCCACUGGGCCAGCCCUGUCCUAUAGGUCCUCUAGUGGGAAAAAGACCAUUCUUUCUGCCUUGGUAGGACAGGAUGUCCAAGGCAGCCCCAGUCACUUGGCUUUUCCUUGCACUUCUAGUGAUGUCUAAUUCCCCAUACCCCAGAGGCUGGUGGGAAAAAAGGGAAGAAGAUGGGACUCAGAGCCAGUCUUGCUCUAGCCUUGAAACUCCAGGAGGAGGAUAUAGCUGGAAUAGCAGGGACACUGGCUAUUGUGGCCUUAGGGACACCCAUUCCUGCUGGCAGCUGGACUAGUCUCUGAGUGGAAUGGGGAUACUUCGGUCUCCUUCCAGCUAAUGGCAGGAUCCGACAAUGGUGGUGAAGAACCCCUUUCCCUUCUGCACUGCCAUAGCAAACCUGGCCUGAGGGCCCUGGAGCUCCACAGAGUGCCUUUCCCUAUGCCUGCUCUUUUCUGUAGGCUUUCAAUUACAGACUCUGUGAAGGAUGGGAGUGCAGGGGAGGAGGCUGGGCCUGGGGGACAAGAGCAUUUGUGGUUCCUUCCUGAUGGUUCCUCCCUGAGCAUUUGCCUGACCUUCACACACUAGGUCAUCCUCAGUGAAAUUUCAGCCAAAGACCAGCCUGAACCACUUGCAAAAUGUUCUUAGAUGUCUCAGUUUCUCUAAAACUGUGGCCUAAUUGCCACAGUAGUACUGCCAACCUCCUACACUGUGAAUUGUACAGGCUGAGGGAAAGUGACUAUUGACACAGAAGACAUCUAACUGCAGAGAGAAUGACACAGAGGCAAAGGGCCUCCAAACCAAGCUCUUGUCCCCUUUCUGAAAAGCCCUUGGGUACCACUAGUACUGGAAGGGACACAGGCAUCCGCAAAGGCAGCUGGUGAGAGAAAGGGAGGGGCUCUGUGGGAUGCAGAAGUGGGGCACUACAUGGUGGUCUGUGCCUGUGUCUGGCCUCCUGGCUGAUGGGGAAUAAGAGGGACAACUAGAGAUGGCCGCAGCCCAGAGUCUCCUUUGUCCACCCUGAGGUUAGCUUUGGGAGUGGCAAGGGGCUCCAUGUGGCUUCCCAAGCCUUUGUAAGAAUUAAACACUUCUGGUAAGUGCUUCCUGAUACAA